GGGGGGGGACACUAUCAGCUUGUCUGAUCACUCCCGGACUUGUAUCGAUAGAAGCAAAUGCCGAUAGCUUAUCGAUAAGGUCAUAUUAAAGUGGGUCGCCAUCCCCUCAGUGGGUGCCGCGCCUGGGCUUAGGGGUAGUAGCAUUUGACGACAAACGGGAGGAAGACGAAUGAGCUUAGCAGAGCUACGGGAGAAACCAUUCCACCUGCCUUCUUCCAUCACCUACACACAAAAAGGUUCAUAACCAUCUCUUCUUUUCUUUUGUGGCCUAUUUUCCGACACAGCUCUAUCGCAGGAGAAGAGUGCAGCACAAAGCCGAAAGGAAGAAAACCAACAUCUACGGGCGGCUCGUAUGUCGCGCGCAAAGCACAAGGGAGAGAAAGACUCCAAGGCGCCGUAGAUGGCGGAUCAACAGGAUCAGCUUCACGAUCGCGGCUUUCGCGAGGCUGUUCUGGGCAGGUGCGAGGUGCAAACCUGCGUGGACCGGUUUGGCGAUGGAGCUACCGAAGUCAUACGGCAACGCGAGCGCGACCAUAUAACCCAGUCUGAGACCGAAACGCUUGUGCAGGGAGUCCCGGCUGGACAGAUCGUCACCGGGGUGGAGGAAGAGGAGGAGGCUGUAGAUAGUGGCUCGCAAGCGCCUAGUCUGGAGAGGAAGAUACCAAAGACGCCCUACUUCAGGAACAACCUUACCGCCUUGUCACAAAGAUACAAUCUUUACUUCGCUGCUUACGAAAACCGAAUCUUCAUCUACCGUCCCAAAAGCAUCCCGAAGCAGGCACUCCCGCGCGAACCGAACCUCAUACUGGCGACGAAGCCCGACAAGAUUGCGCGACACAUUGGCGGCACGCUCGACAGACGUUUCCACCAUCAGGCAAACCACAUUGCGGUGGGCUUUUUAGGCAGGGAGGAGGUGCUUGUUUCGGUCUACGAUGACGGGUCGGUUUUUGCGUACUACACCAGGCACGUCGCCGAGUAUAUUGAGCGCGCAUCUUCCGGCUGCCGAAGCACGAACCUCAUCCCGAAACCAUUCUUCCGUGAGAAUGUGGGAGUUUCGGCAUGGGGUAUCGCCAUUCAUCAAAAGUCACGGCUUAUCGCCGUCAGCUCCAACCGGAAGGAGGUGACGGUCUUCGCUUUCGGACUUUCGCGCCUGCCGGAGGCCAUGGAGGGUCGGGAUCGGCCACUGGACUACUGCGAGAGAUCGGUCCUUAAGAGGAAACGAAAUUGGAGGAUUUGCAUACCCCUGGGUGACGGGGGCCACAACAUCCCCAACAUAUCUCUGUGGGAUGACCACGAGGGAUUUGCCGAGAAGGUCGUUGCGAAUGACAUCUAUGGAACGACCUGGGUCCUGGACAUCUGGAAGGUUGGAACGGCGCCGUUCAAGAUCUCACACAGGGCAAACAUCCAGGGCCAAUGGGCCUUCCGCAACCCGAUGGGUUGGGGAGUCGUUGUUCUCCCCUAUGAAAGUUUCCUACCUGCAGAUUCGGUAACAAAUCUCCUAGGCAUGGAGGCAUCAGACAUCAUGAACGCAAAGAACUCGCAUGCGGGACGGUGGAUCGAGACUCAGCGCGGUCUCGCGCGCAUUCGCGAUCAUCCUGGAGAGCCUGUUGCCCAACGUGUGCCAGAACCCGAAGCAUUUGGAAAUCAACAUCCUCCGAUUGCAUGGUUUCAGCCUCAGCAGCCCGCCUUCCUGGCCGCUACUUUAAACGGCCAGCCGUUGCUAGCUCUGCCCGCCCCCCCUCCACCGCCCGACGACAAUGAUGGGAACAACUUAGAUGGCGCCGAGGCGGUCCCUCCCAACGCUCCUGACGCUGCCCCUCCUGCUGCUCUGUUACAGAACGCUGUCUUGUUCAUCCCCGACCACGAUGAGGAUGGAUGGAGUGAAGAGGAAGAGGAGGUUCUGAACCCGGCAUGGGAUGAUAUGUCGUCGGCUUUCGAAAGUGAAGAUGACGACAACGUGAGUUUCGCUGGGUUGCUUGGAGAUGACGAUGCGAACGAAAUCACAUUUAUCGAAGAGGCGAUAUUCGCUACAGAAGAGGACAUGGGGGUCGGGGAGGGGCUGACACAGAUUUUGCCCCCCGAUGGGACUCUCAGCAUCCUCAAAGCCGCAACAGGCCACGACCUGAGUGGGUAUCAAUCAUCAUGGUUGGACAUGGUGUUCACACCCCACGACGGCAAGACAUACGUCUCGCCAUCUUCAACCAUCGGUCGUCUCCAAUACUUACGCCGGCCAGAGGUGAAGAAUCGAAACACCAAGGAACAGGACAGGAAAGUCCUUCAAGACCUUGGCAGCCGGUGCUGCAUCCUGCGGACCUACGAGGAGGACAUUGAGAUGCGUAGCAUCGACUCGGACGACGGCGCCGCCAUCUUUUGCAAGGACCCCAUCAGCUGGAACUACCCGCCGCACCCGCUGCUCCAGCACGCCGAGCGCCUCAACAUGAUUGUCCAUGUGCCCGAGCUGUCGCUGGUGGUGAUCGGGUCCGCCAUUGGCCGCGUGAUCCUGCUUACCCCUACGCGGCCCCGAUACGAGAUUCCGGGAGAUGGGUUCAGGCUGAAGCGAGGAUUCCGGAUCGACUGGGUCUUACCGACGCGGUCCGACGAGAGGGCCGGACGCCGACCACCUCGUGGGCUUUACGGGAUUGCUAUGGGGCCGGUCCAAGAGGGCGGCGCAGCGGGGUGUCUGCUGAGGUCUGAUGAUGCGCCUGCCCCAUCGCCGGCGUCGAGGCGGUAUAGGCUCAUGCUGCAUUACCGCGAUCACAGCAUUUUAAGCUAUGAGAUCAGUCGGGAUGAGAAGAAUGAGAACAUUCUCAUUUUUUGAGGGGCGGACGGACGGCUCACUUGGGCUUGCUAGGCCGUGUGUCUAGCUUUGUGAAGGCCGGCUAAACAUCCAGGCAUGAAGUCUCCCGAGUCAGAAUGCUGUAGAUGUAGGAGGUCGUUAGAGGUGGUCAUGGUCACCGACGUUGAUUUGGAGGUCACGGGGUCCGACACAGCUUUCAUACUCACAUGAAAGUCACAGAGACAUUGGGUUAGCUAUUUUUCUUGUUUCUCUUUCUUUUCUUUUUCUUUCGUCGGCGUCGUGGUGUUUUGAGGAAGUCUGAGGAAUGCCCCGAUACCCCGGCCUUACGAGCGAACUCAGACAUUGUGCAUUCCACACAACGAAGGCAGGCAUAGUUCGAUCAAGAUAGUUAGUGUCUUUGAAAACGCAAUGAAACAUGAACAUCCGGAACUGGGUGGUAGACUACGCGACCGACUCUGUCUUUUUGGGGGC